ACCUCAAUUUCUCAUUUUCCGUUUCCCAAGCAAACGCAGCCCAAAACCAUUGACUGAUGGAAGCUAAUCGCAUGUAUACGUGUCCCCGAAAGGAGUGCAUGGUAAAGAAGGAUAGAAUCUCUCUCACACACUCUCUCUCUCUCUGUCUCUCUCUAAAGCGUCAUCCAAGCCCAGAAACAAGGGAGACAAUUCUAGGAAACACUCUGAGGCCAGAUUUUUCGUACAACAAAUUCCUUUUAGUUUCAACUGAAGAAGAAGAAGAAGAAGAAAGGUAAAAAAUACCCAUAUUUCAAGAGAGGCGGAGAUGAGUUGCCUCAGAUCCAGGAAACCCCAGUUUUACAAUUAAGGGUUCAACUUUUUAAGGAUCUUGUGAUUAUAUGGGCUGUUCCCUUUUCCCCAGGCUGUUUCCCAUGACCCCUUUGAAGUUCUCUUCUCGGAUUUGUCGUUAAAGAUAAGAUUUUGGUCAUUUUCAUACGGGUGUUAUUUCAGGGUUGGUGGUCUGGAUAGGAUUUAUGAAUUCUGUGGCCAGUUCUGUGCCAGAAGGAGAAGAAUUUGGUAAGCUUUGGAGUCUUUGAGAAAUUGAAAGAACUUGUGAAGGUUGGAGUAUUUAUACUUGGAGAUCGGAUCCAUUCAUCCUCACUAGAUCUGAUAAUCCUGAUUUAUUCUGCAAAUGUUAGCUCAUACCCAUAAUUAAGUUUAUCUUGGUGGUGUGAUUUGUGAUCCAGACAAUUAAAGUGGUUAUCGAAUUUCAACGUAAGAGUUGCUUGUUGAUACAUUCAGAGAGAGAAAGAGAGAGAGUUGAUGGAAGAGAUGUCUCCAGCGGUUGCAGUGACUUUUAGUUUAGGUAAUUCUAUUUGUGAUAACUCUGGAAUCGCAACCCACGUGGAAAUAACACGGCUCAAGCUGGUAACAGAUGCGGCAAAUUUGUUGUUGGAUCCUUCUCUGUUGGUGUCUGCAGAGUCUGUUUCUAGUGGCAAUGGAAGUUGCAAUGAUGCUAAGAGCAUAAUUAACUUGGUAACGAGGUCAACACCAGAAGGCAGUGGCAGAGAAGGGGUGGAUUUGUUAGGGAUGUUGCCAGAGAAUGGAAACAAUUUAAUUGCUAAUGAUAUUAUGAUCCAGGAAAGCAGGGAAGAUGAAAUCUUGUCUAUUGCAGAUGACAGUAAUGGGUUUUUUAGUGAGGAGUUGUUAAUUGCUGAUGUAGGCUCUCAAAUAAGCUUGCCAGAUAUUCGGGAAGUUGAAAAUGUUGACCAUGCUCAGAUUGUUGCUAAAGCUAUUAUCUUGGUGGAAGCAAGUAUAGGGCAGGUACCUUCCGGUGAACUUAUUGUGGCAGCAGUGAGCCCAGAUUUGGAGAUAUCUCAUAAAUCUGAUUUAAAGGCAUCUACUGUGGUUUUACAGUCACAUGUGCAGAAAAGUGUCAGCAAGGGAAGCAGUCGAAGUGUUUUUGAGCUGGAUUGCAUUCCCCUUUGGGGUUCUGUAUCUGUUUGUGGGAAAAGACCAGAAAUGGAAGAUGCCAUUGCAGCUGUACCUCGAUUUAUGAAAAUUCCAAUUAAAAUGCUUAUUGGUGAUCGUGUGCUUGAUGGAAUGAACCAGAGUUUGACCCAUAUAAGUAGUCAUUUUUUUGCCGUUUAUGAUGGCCACGGGGGCUCUCAGGUUGCAAAUUAUUGUUGUGAGCGCAUCCAUUUGGCUUUGGCUGAGGAGAUUGGAGCCAUUACAGACUAUUUAAGUAAUGGAAAGAUUGGGGAAAAUCAGCAACUGCAGUGGGAGAAAGCCUUUACGAGUUGUUUCCAAAAAGUCGAUGAUGAAGUUGGAGGAAAAGUUGGUAGAGGCAUUGAUGAAAGCAUCGGAGAUGCUUCUGACCCUGUUGCACCAGAAACUGUUGGAUCUACAGCUGUGGUUGCAGUAAUCUGUUCAUCCCAUAUCAUAGUUGCUAACUGUGGUGAUUCAAGAGCAGUCCUGUGCCGCGGGAAAGAACCCAUUGCAUUAUCAACUGAUCAUAAACCAAACAGAGAAGAUGAAUGUUCAAGGAUUGAGGCAGCUGGAGGCAAGGUAAUCCAGUGGAACGGCCACCGCGUCUUUGGGGUUCUUGCAAUGUCAAGGUCCAUCGGUGAUAGAUAUUUGAAACCAUGGAUUAUUCCAGAACCGGAAGUCGUGUUUCUUCCUCGAGCUAGGGAUGAUGAAUGCCUUAUUUUAGCCAGUGAUGGAUUAUGGGAUGUGAUGUCAAACGAAGAAGCCUGUGAAGUAGCUCGAAAGCGGAUUCUGCUCUGGCACAAAAAGAAUGGGACUGCAUCUCUUGUGGAGAGGGGCACUGGAAUCGAUCCUGCAGCACAAGCAGCAGCAGAUUACCUUUCGAUGCUUGCCCUACAGAAGGGAAGCAAGGAUAACAUCUCUGUGAUUGUCGUGGACUUGAAAGCUCAAAGGAAGUUCAAGAGCAAGUCUUAGUGGAGAAACUUCACCAUGACUCGGUGAAGUUCAUUAUAUUAGAGAAACUACAUCUACUGAAUACAUAGCAUGGUCCAUUCGUUUUUCCUUAUGGGCUAUAUGUGUGUACAAUUAUAGAAAUGUGUGUGUACUAUAGACUACGAUGGAAUGCCAUAUCUCUGUCUUGGUAUGCA